GUCAUUGUAAUUUUUCGUUAUUUCUAGAUUUCCCCCCAAAAGAUUUACUUCUUUUACUUCUGUCUCCUGACGACUUUUAACUACUGAUAAUUUUGAGUCAUUUCUGGACUGCACUCUACACCCUUUGACUGUUCUUGAACAUUUUGAUAAAUCUGAGCCUCCAAAAUUCGAUUUUUCUUUUUACCCAUUAAAAAAAUCGAAUCUUCCUUAGUGGGUUUUAAUUUCAAAUUGUUUUGAUCAAUUUUUGAUCCCAUUAUUUGCUUUUGGAAUUGGUCAAAAUUCAACACCCUUGUAGUUUUAUGUUCUUAUUUUGAAGGGUUUUGGUUAUUUUGACCUGAAAUUGGUGAAGUUCAGUUUAUAAUCCAACUUUGAAGACCAUAUUGUAGGUUCUUGAUCCUCCUUUUGAUCUGUAAGCUACUGUUUUUAUGUCAGUUUUUUGUAAUUAACUGUUAGAUUUAACAAGUUGGAUUCAUUUCUUGUUUUUGAUAGAGUUGUUGUGUUAUAGAAAUAGUGCUGUUAUAGUAAUUUAGUUAUGGCUUCAUGCAAAAAAGCAAGAAUAAAAGAUGCUGCUUUUAGGCGUUUAGUAUCUUUAGCACUGAUAACUGUUUUUGGAGUAGUUUUGCUGUUAAUUCUUCUUAGGACCAAUACAGUUUCUAAUUUGAUUAACAGUUAUACUAAUGAGAGUAGUGAAAGUUUUGAAAGUAUUGAAGAAGUUAAGGAUGCUAAUACACAUCUAACUAGGAUUCCGAAACUCCCAUUGCAAAAUGAGUUGUCAAUUCUUUUGAGCAAGAGAAAUCAGAUGCCCCCAAGGAACUUGGAUUUGUAUCCAAAAUUAGCUAAGGAUCAUGUUGUUGUUGUUUUGUAUGUUCAUAACCGACCCCAGUAUCUUCAAAUCGUGAUCGACAGCCUUUCUCGCGUAGAAGGAAUCAGUGAAACUUUGCUUAUUGUUAGUCAUGAUGGAUACUUUGAAGAGAUGAACAAGAUUGUGGAAGGCAUUAAGUUUUGCCAAGUGAAACAGAUAUUUGCGCCCUACUCGCCACACAUCUUUUCCGAGAGCUUUCCAGGUGUAUCUCCUAAAGAUUGCAAAGAAAAAGAUGAUCCAGUUGAGAAACAUUGUGAGGGAACGCCUGAUCAGUAUGGGAACCACCGGUCGCCAAAAAUUGUCUCGUUGAAGCAUCAUUGGUGGUGGAUGAUGAAUACUGUCUGGGAUGGACUAGAGGAGACUCGUCAUCACUCAGGUCAUAUUCUCUUCAUAGAAGAAGAUCAUUUCAUUUAUCCCAAUGCAUAUCGCAAUAUGCAGUUACUUGCAGAAUUGAAGUCAAAAAAGUGCCCCGACUGUUAUGCUGCCAAUCUUGCGCCAUCUGAAGUGAAGUCGAGGGGAGAAGGAUGGGAAUGUUUGGUAGCUGAAAGGAUGGGGAAUGUGGGUUAUGCAUUUAACCGGACAGUGUGGAGGAAAAUUCAUAAAAAGGCGGCAGAGUUUUGCUCGUUUGAUGAUUACAAUUGGGAUAUAACAAUGUGGUCGACAGUUUAUCCUUCGUUUGGUUCUCCAGUUUACACGCUACGAGGGUCUAGGACCAGUGCGGUUCAUUUCGGGAAAUGUGGUUUGCAUCAAGGUCAUAAUCGUAAUGUAGCUUGUAUGGACAAUGGUGGUGUGAAUAUUGUUGUUGAUGAAAUUGAUAAAGUUGCAAAUAUCAAACCAGAGUGGGAAGUUCGUAAAUAUGAGCACCAAGCAGGAUAUAAGGCUGGUUUCAAGGGCUGGGGAGGCUGGGGAGAUGUACGGGAUCGCGAAUUGUGUAUGGAAUUUGCAAAAAUGUAUAUCUAAGGGUGUUCAUCUGCUUUCUGAAGAGUGGCACUCAGAGCUUCACGAUCAUACUACUUUUGAGGUUUGGAUCUUUGGGUUUCCCACGGAAAUCAUUCUUAGUGUAACACGUGUGUAAAAUUUUAGGAAUUACUUAAAUUAUGUUUCACAUUCACAGGUUAGCUUUUCUUGAAUGCACGCAAAAUUUUGUUCUAUAUUGUUCUGUGUUAAAGUUU